AGGCGGGCCCAUCUUUAUGUUGGGAACUUGAGUCCUCGAGUGACAGAGUACAUGCUCACCGAGAUCUUCGCCGUCGCUGGUCCCGUCCAGCACGUUAAAAUCAUCCCUGACCGUAACUACCAGCAUGGCGGUCUCAACUACGGUUUCGUCGAGUACAUGGACAUGCGCUCUGCAGAGACUGCUCUCCAGACCCUCAACGGUCGCAAAAUUUUUGACACCGAGAUCCGCGUCAACUGGGCUUACCAGGGUCAACAAAACAAGGAGGACACGUCUGGUCACUACCACGUCUUUGUUGGCGAUCUUUCCCCAGAGGUCAACGACGAUGUCUUGGCCAAGGCUUUCAGUGCUUUCGGCACCAUGUCUGAUGCUCGUGUCAUGUGGGACAUGAACUCUGGCAAGUCUCGUGGCUACGGUUUCCUUGCCUUCAGAGACAAGACCGACGCCGAACAAGCUAUCGCCACCAUGAACGGCGAAUGGCUCGGGUCGCGUGCCAUUCGCGUCAACUGGGCCAACCAGAAGACUCAAGGGGCACCCAUGGCCAGCAGUCCCCGUCAGAGUGGGGCUGGCGGCGCCCCUGCUCCUAUCAACUUCCAGGGUGGGCCACUCUCGUAUGAAUCCGUCGUCCAGCAGACGCCCGCAUACAACUCCACUGUCUAUGUCGGCAAUCUUGUGCCCUACUGCACGCAGGCGGAUCUUAUUCCCUUGUUCCAGUCCAUCGGCUAUCUCUCUGAGAUCCGCAUGCAGGCCGAUCGUGGCUUCGCAUUCGUCAAGCUCGACACCCACGAGCAUGCCGCUAUGGCUAUCAUCCAGCUGCAAGGCCAGAUGGUGCACGGAAGGCCUAUCAAAUGCAGCUGGGGUAAGGACAGAGCAGACGGAGGAUCUGCCGCCGGCCCGCUUAGCCCUGCUCCGAGCGCCACGCCUUAUGGCAACAUGCCCGUCUACGGCAUGCCUCAGCCUAACACCUAUGGUCAAUACGGCUUCGCAGGUUAUGGCGGCUUCCCCAAUCAAGGAGCAGGUGCUGCAGGUAGCCCAGUCUCUGCUGCCCCCGGGAUGCCCCAGCCUGGUGCGGCUGGGGCUGGCUCGAAUGUUGGCGUGGGCCAAGCGGCUGGUGGCGCCGACGCUGCCGCUGCAGCUGGACAGGGUGGUCAAGGCCAAUGGCCCGCAGGCGACCCGAACUCCUACUACUCCAAUUACUGGGGCGGU